AUGCUCGGUUGUUGUAUACCUCGUGAUCCAUCGAAACAAACAAAUAAAAUAAUAAAUGAAGCAUUAGAACGUGCUCGAAAAGAAAUGAAUUCAGAAUCAAAAUUACUUUUACUUGGUGCUGGAGAAUCUGGAAAGAGUACAGUUGUAAAACAGAUGAAAAUAAUUUUUAAUGAAAAUGGUUAUACAAAAGAAGAAUGUCUUCGUUUUAAACCAGUUAUUUUUUCUAAUACAAUACAAUCAAUGUUAGCUAUAUUACAUGCAAUGAAUCGAUUACAAAUUUCAUUUGAAAAUAUAAAUCGAAAAAACGAUGCUGAAAUUGUACUUACUCAUGCUGAAAUAGAAAGUAAUCAUGAAAUUUUACCUGAACUUGUUGGUAAAGCUAUACAAGCAUUAUGGAAUGAUAAUGGUGUACAAGCAUGUUUUUUACGUUCUCGUGAAUAUCAAUUAAAUGAUUCAGCUGCUUAUUAUUUAAAUUCACUUGAUCGACUUAUUCAAUCGGAUUAUAUUCCAACUCAACAAGAUGUUUUACGUACACGUGUUAAAACGACUGGUAUUGUUGAAACAACAUUUACAUUAAAGAAACAUAAAUUUCGAAUUGUUGAUGUUGGUGGACAGAGAAGUGAAAGAAAAAAAUGGAUACAUUGUUUCGAAGGUGUAACAGCUGUUAUAUUUGUUAGUGCACUUAAUGAAUAUGAUCUUGUCUUAGAUGAAGAUGAUAGUAUUAAUCGUAUGAUUGAAAGUUUACAAUUAUUUAAAUCAAUUUGUAAUAAUCGAUUUUUUCGUCAAGCUGGAAUGAUAUUAUUUUUAAAUAAAAAAGAUUUAUUUGCUGAAAAAUUACGUUUUUCAUCUAUUAAAAUAUGUUUUCCUGAAUAUACGGGUCUUAAUACAUAUGAACCAUCACUUAAUUAUAUUCAAGAACAAUUUGAAAAAAUAGAUUUACGAGAAAAAAUAAAUGGUCAUGAAAGAGAAUUAUAUACACAUAUAACAUGUGCAACAGAUACUGAAGCAAUGCAAUUUGUCUUUGAUGCUAUAUCAGAUAUGAUUAUACAAACAAAUCUUAUUCAUGCUGGAAUAUUUUAA